AUGUCUGCCCCUGCGCGAGAGCCCAAGAACGCGGCCAAACGCUUCGAAACCGCCUCCGUUUCUAAUCCCAUUGCAAACGAGGAACGAACCUCCAAGGAUUCAAUAGUUGACAUUGAUGCUCGUGGCGAUUUGAUACUCUGCAUCUCGCACGACGCGACCGCGACGGUCCACGUCCACCGCUUCCGUGUUUCCUCCGGCCAGCUCAAAGCCACUUCAAAGUACUUUUCUGGGCUAUUACAAGGACGCUUCGGAGAAAGCGAGCAAGUGGGCGCGAAACAUGUAGAGCUUCGAAAGCAAUAUGACAAUAUUGGCGAUGUGCCAGCUGCAGAGCUGCCCAUUGUACGCAUAGACGACAUAGGCAGAAUUUCGGCGGUCAAGUCAAUCGAGGCGCUAUGCACCGAUUUUCUUUCCAUACUGCACGAUCUGGACACGCCACCGUUGCCUCCUGUGACCAACAUUGCGAACUGGGCAAUAGUUGCGGACAGGUUCGACGCGUUGACGGCUGUGGGCUCCUACGUACGGCGCAAGAAGAUGCUGCGGGCUAUCGACGGCAAGACUGCGCCAAAAGUGGACCUGGCUCUGUCGGAAGAAAAGAUCAGGCAGAGGCUUCUUGUAGCGAUACUACUUGACUAUCCUCCAUGGACCGAGAAGUACUCCUUGCGCAUGGUUGUCAAAGGCUGGAUCGAUCGAGAAAUCGAUGAGACCUCUGCCUUGUGGUGGGAUUUACCCAUGCAGAUCGAGGAGGAGCUUGCUCAUCGCCGGUACUGCAUCUUAGAAACGAUUCAAUCGCUCGAGCAUCACUUCAUCAAGCUCUACACUUCUCGCGAACGACAGUGCAGGCUAGGAUACGAUAGCAGCGCUCAAUGUGACAGCUUUCAGCUUGGUGAAAUGGUCCGCUUCUUUUCCAGGAUCGGUACGGCCUCAGUUCGUGGAACAAUCCUGGAUGACGCAGCGCCGUCUGAGCCAUUUCAAGGGGACCUGAAUGUCUUGAUCGAUCUAUUAAAGCAGGCCCCGGAAUACCAGAUAGAUUCCUUCCAUCAUCAUUGCGGGUUGCGCACCAAGUUGAUCCCGCUUUUGGACAUGGUUAAUGAGUGUCUUGCGCAUGUCGGCAUAUGUCAAGAAUGCUGGUCGCAAGCUCGUGUCGAACAUUCCUGGAUGGAUACGAAGAAGCCACUUUUGUGGAGGCGGCAGCUCCUUCGACUUCGGACGCCGGUGCACCAGGAGCUGCAUAAUAACGUUCGGGCGGUCUUCACCGCGGUCGACAGAGAUUGGAGCGCGUGA